AGUAUUAAGUGCAAGCAUUGUGACAAGGAGUUUACCUAUGCAGGAAACCUGGAAGGACACAAAAGACAACACACUGGUCAGGGGCCUUUAAAGUACAAACAGUGCAACAAGGCGUUUAGAGAGGCAGGAAAUCUGAAAGUGCAUGAAAGGAAACACGCUGGUGAGAAGCCGUUUAAGUGCAAACAUUGUAACAAGGCCUUUAACCGUAGGAAAGAUCUGAAAACCCAUGAUAGAAUACACACUGGUGAGAAGCCAUUUAAGUGCAAGCACUGUAACAAGACGUUUAGCCAGGGAGGAAAUCUGAAAGUACACGAGAGAAUACACACAGGUGAGAAGCCAUUUAAGUGCAAGCAAUGUAACAAGGCGUUUAGCGUGGCAGGACAUCUGAAAGUACAUGAGAGAAUACACACAGGUGAGAAUCCGUUUAAAUGGAAGCAUUGUAACAAGGCCUUUAACCGUAGGGGAGAUCUGAAAAACCAUGAGAGAAUACACACAGGUGAGAAGCCGUUUAAGUGCAAACAUUGUAACAAGACGUUUGACCAGGCAGGAAACCUGAAAGUACAUGAGAGAAUACACACAGGUGAGAAGCCAUUUAAGUGCAAGCAUUGUAACAAGACGUUUAGCCAGGCAGGAAAUCUGAAAAUACACGAGAGAAUACACACAGGUGAGAAGCCAUUUAAGUGCAAGCAAUGUAACAAGGCGUUUAGCGUGGCAGGAGAUCUGAAAGUACAUGAGAGAAUACACACAGGUGAGAAGCCGUUUAAAUGCAAGCAUUGUAACAAGGCCUUUAACCGUAGGGGAGAUCUGAAAAACCAUGAGAGAAUACACACAGGUGAGAAGCCGUUUAAGUGCAAACAUUGUAACAAGACGUUUGACCAGGCAGGAAACCUGAAAGUACAUGAGAGAAUACACACAGGUGAGAAGCCAUUUAAGUGCAAGCAUUGUAACAAGACGUUUAGCCAGGCAGGAAAUCGGAAAAUACACGAGAGAAUACACACAGGUGAGAAGCCAUUUAAGUGCAAGCAAUGUAACAAGGCCUUUAACAAUAGGGGAGAUCUGCGAAAGCAUGAGAGAAUACACACUGGUGAGAAGCCAUUUAAGUGCAAGCAUUGUAACAAGGCCUUUUGUGGGAGGAGUUAUCUUAAAGUGCAUGAAGAAAGACACCGUUGUUGGAUUUGCCUUGAGAUGUUUAAGACUAAGCCGUCGCUUCGUGAACAUUAUGAUGACCAUAUGAGGUUUUUGGACCCAACGUCGUAAACGUCAUUAACGUACUUAACAUUCUGUUAUGUAAUUGUGUAUAAUGAUUUAGUGGUAUUUCAUUGUAAAUUCAAGCUCAUCAAAAGAUGUUGAAUGAGAUCGGAUCUGCUUCAUUUUCCUGGUUGCAUAAAGAAACUCUCCUAUUUGUAUAAAGUGUUGCUGUUCUUCCCAUUUGAUAGAAUUUAACACUAAAUACGGAGUUCUUAAUUAAUACGUAGUUGUUUGUUUCAGUUAACGCAAAACUUUAAAUGAUAUGUCAUUAUAAGGUUAUUUUUUUCAAGCUUGAUGGAAGAUGAGUGUGUAGGUAUGUACCACAUACUGUUCUAUUUAAGGUCUCGGUAAAUGAAAAUUUUAGUACAUUGCUCGAUUUUGUUUUUUUUGGAUUUUUGGCAUGAGUGGUUCCUAAAUUUUAUUUUGGCAGAAAAAGAAAAUCAGUAAGUGCUUUUUAACCCUUCUAAAAUGAGCCUUUUCUGAGCUAACCAGCCAAGCGUGGACUUCGCGCUAAAUCUUUAGAGCUGAUUUUCUCUCACUCUAUUUUAGACGCAAAAAUCAAAAUUCUCCGACCUCCAGUCGGGACAGGUUUUAAGCUAUCGCUUUGAAACUUUCAGAUAUGAUGGAUAAUGAUAUAGACUCAAAAAGGGUGUGAGGAAUUUUCCGAUUUUCCUUUGUAACUCAUUUCAUGUCAGUUUCUUUGCGUAAAUCGCGCUCGAGAUUCGACUUUUUAGUUUGAAAUGCAAUAAUUCCGCUAAUACGAGACAUAUGCAAAUUUUCUCACACCCUUUUUUAGGUCUUUUAUCUGUCAAUCAGAUGCAAAAAAAGGGAAGUGAAUAUAUAACAACGCGAAAGGGCUGGAGCUUCAGCAGUAAACUCGAUACCUCUGAGUUCGAGAACAAAAAACUUAAGCCCCUUUUGAAAUUCGAUGAAAUAAAAUCUUUUAUAAGGUAAUUUAGUCUUUUAGCUUUAAUUUGAUGUAUAACUUGCCUUUGUAGCGAAAAUACUCGCGCGACUAGAAUUUUUUUCUGUGGGCACCUCGUUUUCCUUUACCGAGACCUUAAGUUUUGUUAAAAGAGGUGAGUUUAUUCAAGCGGAGGUGGAUCCACUAUUAUUUUUAUGAAAAGUUCAAAAGUGAAUUUGUUACCAACGAAUCAUUUGCUUCCUUUAUAGCAAUUAGAAGUGAUUUUCUGUGAAGCACUCGACCCUUGUAUGGUGAGAAGUUUCAGUAUUAGGUUCUGGUCCGAUUGGUGCAUUUAGGGUGCAUAGGAAAACGUUUGGACACUUAAGGCUUUUUUUUUUUUGAAAAAACUGUAUACAGACGUUUUGUACUUAGUUUUCGGCUUCAUUUUGAGGAAAAUAUUUACAGUCUAGCAACAAUGUUUGUGGUUUUAACCAUUUGUUAAAGAAUUCGGUUCCAGUUUUUUCGAAGUUUCUAGUCUGAUCGGUGCUCUCAGGGGUUGAAGACCCUCGAGAAUCAACUGUUGUUUUACUACAAAGGGUUCCAAGACGUUUUUUGUUUAGUGUUUUCUCUAUAAGGAAAAAGUUUCUUAACAUUUACAGUCUAGCAGCAAAUUUUUUGGUUACAAUCGUUUGCAAUAUCAUAAGAUUUUGGCUGAAGUAUAUCGAAGGACGAUACAUUAAUUGCGGGACUGUUGUAAGAGAGACUCUUGGUUUAGAGAUCUGUUGCGUUAUCAGAGUUAGAACGUUCCCUUUUACCACAAUUAUUAGAAUAUAUUUAUGUGAAACUUGAACAACGAUUUUAGCGAUGAGGUCUCACGGAAGUGAGGGUUACUUGAAACUUACUCGCAGACAUUUGUUUGGUCUGUAUUUCUUUGUAUCAGUUGGGUGUUUGGCAUGCUUUGUUACUUGUUGUAAUAAUAUUUUGGCAAUUUUUCUAAGUUAUAAUUUAUAAUUUUGGAUAAUUUUGAUAGCUGUCGUUAUGAAAUCGUUGUUAAAAUUUUUAGGUUAUAUCAAUUUGGAUGUAAUUUGGUCCUUUUUUGUUUGUUAGGUUUGAGCAGUUUGGGACGUUAACGCUUUAAAUGUUUUGUUACACCUUUUUCAUAUGUCAUGACGUGUUUUGCAUAAACAAAAUAGACAAUUAAGUAUUUUGUUUGAAGUAAAAUGCUCCCAACUUCAUUUUCUUGUCAAAGUAAUAAUGCGUAAAGAGCAUUAAGAUUCAUCUUUUCUAGCUUAAGGGUGGGAGAGUUACAAUGUUGAUAUGCUUAGCGGUUCAGCGUAAAAUAAUAGGGAACUUAAGCACCAGACGUUCCUGGUACCACGGACGCCAACCGGAAGUAUUUUUGCAGCAUGACAGCCACUGCGCGUGUCAAGACAUUCUUGAGCUGCGGUCACGGACUUCAAAACGCGCUGAGGUUCAAAUUCUGGGUUCUUUGAAGAGUAUGCGUCAUACAAAAGUAGAAAUUCUUCGUCUGAAAUCAUGUUUUCUUCGUAAGAAAGAAACAAAACUUAACGCAAAUCUUUGAAACGCAUUUUCGUGUGAAUUAUUCUGUCGGCCUUCGUGAUGGUUUCAUGUUGUCUUGCUUGAUGAUUUGCAUUUGGCACGCAAACCGCGUCCCUCAUCCAGUUCUGCGUAUAGUUAGCCAUGCCGUACGUGAAUCAAGAACGUCUGGUGCUUAAGUUCCCUAGUGACGAUACCGCAGACCUUUAUGAUGUAUUUGCAUCACAUAAACAGUUUAGAAAGUGUAAAUGAUUUGGUUUGUAACUCUGUCAAACGUUUUUUCACGAGAUUUUUUUUGUGUAUCGUGAAUGUGUUUCAGUUAAGCUUUUUAUCGUGAAAAAAAAAAAAUAUAUAUAUAUGAAGAAAUAUAUCUUUGAGUUCAUAUUCCACCGGAGUAAAUUUCUCUCACACUGGGUUAAAUACUGGUUUCAGUUACUUACCUUGGCCGUGUUUCUUCGGGUCUUUCUGCAGGUACCGGAAAGCUUUGUAUUUUUGGUCACUUGGGAUUAGUCUUUAUUUGGAGUUGUUUUGUUUCCUGUCUUUUAUUACUAUUGUAUUACGUAAUCUGUGCUCCGGUACUCACAGAAGGAACCGUUUCUUCCGAUGCUAGGAGUUUUAAGGACUGGACAUCCAUUCAGUUUCUAAACCCACCCAACAGGGUUUAACUUAAGUGACCCACGAGACACCCGGCGCGAGGUUUGCAAGUUACUGCACCUCUAUUAUACGCGGUACAGAAAUUCUAUCGAUACUGAGGACGUUGCACUUCCUAGAUCUGAUUGGUCGUGCAGCGCCGGAGAUUUGCUUGAACCAAUCAGAUGCAUUACUUUAUCCUUAGUAGUGACUCGUCGUCUGCGGUCGUUCUUCAAACGUCAUUUCGCGGGUGAAUCAGUAGAGGGUGUAAUUUACAAGGACAGAGUACCAGAACCAAAAAUCCAAGUAAAUCACUUAACACGGUGCGUGACACAAAAUGAACUCGAAUAAAAGUGAGGGUAGUAUAACAUGAACACAUUUAUUGAACCACAGAUCAGGGUUCCUUGCACAAAGGUCACAACUUGAUACAGAAGAAUGGACGGAGACAAUAGGUCUCUGAGUUCUGAAGGUCGAUCUCUGUAGGGACAAAGUCGGUUCUAACUGAAAGCGAUAAAAUCGAACGAAAACUUAUUCAACUAAAACCACAUAAAGUAUAAAUAUAGUAUAUAUGAUUGAAAUCGGUAAUUCCAGAAUAGCGAGAGAUAACUAGAUAACUCUAGAAAAUCAGACAGUAAAAGCCUAUAAUAAUAAUAAUAAUAAUAAUAAUAGAUAGAUAGAUAGAUAGAUAAGAUAGAUAGAUAGGUACUUUAUUAAAUACAUUGCAGCAUAAGCUGAAUUGCGUAUUUACAUAAUGGUAAUAAUUUAUACAAAUAAUUGUAAAAAUGAGUAAUAAUUGUAACAGCUAAGACUAAAAACGUAUAAUAAGAAACCUAAAAAUUAUUUACAAUUCUGCCUGAGGCCAUAAAAAAACUGUUCUUAAAUCUAUUUGUCUUGCAACGCGGCAAAGUGAAAGUGCGCGCGUGCCUUAGAUUAUAGUUGCUCUUAUAAAGAGGCGGCAACAACUUUCUUAACUUGUGGUUCGGGUCACUCAUUAUGCUUUCAAACGUGCCUGUGCAAAUGUUGUGGUGAUGCUCCGCAACCGUUGGUAAACUCAUAAGCGCUGAAGCUUGCUGAUAUUCUAUAGCAGGACAUACGAUUCGCAUUGCUCUUUUCUGAACGCGUUCUAAUUCUUGCGAAAGGUAGGCUGGUAGCGCGUGAUGGAAAACUGGCGCAGCAUAGUCAAUGACGGAGAGCACGCAUGUAAUGUAGAAAAGGCAAAAAUCUUUCUGUGGAACACGAGCUCUUUUAGCUGAACAAGAAAAUAGAGCCUCUUAGCGGCCUUCUUAGUAACUUCCGUGAUGUGCGCAUUCCAUAUUCCAUGUUAAGUCACUAGAGAUAGUAACACCUAAAACUUUAGCAUCUUUAACUAAUUUUAUGCACUCCUCUCCUAUGACUACUGGAGGAAAGUCACAAUCUGAUGUAAAACUAAUGCGGAGCUCCUUGCAUUUGUCUGUGUUUCUGAUUGACCAAUUUACUACCUUAUUUACAAUACCUCGAACCUCGCUAUACUGUCAUUUCUUUAUUACCUCUGAUGUUGUGGUGUCGUCUACAUAUUUCCAAAUAGAAGCAUUACUGACGGUUAGAUCAUUUAUCAUGAUCAAGAAAAGCGAAGGGCCUAGUUUGGUUCCUUGCGGAACGCCCGAAGGUACUGUGCCCCAUUCGGAUAGACAGCCUUCAGAGAGUUUGAUUCUCUGUGAGCGAGCUGAUAGGAAAUCUAUUAUCCAAUUAAUGACGCCAGGUGCGAUGUCAAGCGCGCAUAAUUUCCUUACUAAGAUACCAUGGUCAGUUAAAUCAAAUGCUUUCUUGUAAUCAAACAGGAGUGUCCUGAUAGUCGAACCGUUCCCAUCAGUCCCUUGAGACCACUCUUGGAGCAUCUCCAACAGGGCAAAAGUUGUCGAAGACUUCGGUAUCGCACCAAACUGGCUUGGGUCCAGAGAGUGCAGUACAGCUGGCUUUACGUGCUCUGUGACGACAAAGUCCUCUGCGACCUUAGAGAUACUCGGUGUUAACGAUAAAGGCCUCAGAUUUUUCUUGAUCUCCUUAACAGGCUUGGUUUUGGGUAAAGGAGUGACGUCUGCCAAUUUCCAGGGUCUCGGUAGCUGCUGUUCCUUGAAAGAGGCAUUUAGAAUGAUUGAGACAGGACAGGCGAGAAAUUCCGCAUACUCCCUUAGUAUCCAAUUAGGAAUACCGUCCGGACCGCCUGCUUUGGCUGCAUUGAGAUAACACUUUGGUAACACUGGGUUCCUCUUGUAGUGGAGUGUCUAAAAAAAUUAAAUCGUCCCCAGAAGAGUCGGACUGCAGGGUUUGUUGCUGUGGUAGAAUUCUGAAUUUUCUUCGUCCUCCGCAGCAGCCUAUUCGAGUUGGUUUCACUCUCGAAAUGCCGAGUUCAGUCAGACGACACCAGAAGUCGGAACUGCAACGCGUUUGAAUUGCAGAGACUGGUGAUGAUAUUGCUUUCAAAAAUGAUCUUGAAUAAACCAGAGCCAUAGCAAAACUCACCAGUGAGUAUCUAGUCAGAAAGGAUACAAAAAUUUAGGAGAAAUUGUAAAAUAUUAGCAGAGCACCACAAUAAUAUAGUAAUAAUAAUAAUAAUAAUAAUAAUAAUAAUAAUAAUAAUAAUAAUAAUAAUAAUAAUAAUAAUAAUAAUAAUAAUGACUUUAUUUUAGUGUCAAUCUAUUUAGCUUGAAAGUUAGGUAAUUGGGGACACUUUCCUACGUACUAGCACACUAAUCUAUUACAUGACUUUCAAAUUAAUGAUCUUACCUAAAAACUAUGUACAAAUGUACACGAUACAACAUUUACAAAGGUCACAGCAGUUACUAUUAUUAUCUAUGUGGCUCGAAAGGUCCACAUCGCGUAUAUGUUUCUUGAAUGCUUUGAGGCUUGUCAAGUUUCCGAGCUCACUACUGACCUUUGACCAAAUGAAAGGUCCUUGGUAACGCAGCGAAUGCCUCCCAUAGGGUACUAUGGGAAAGUAAUACGACGAUGAUUACUGCUGGUAUCAAUCAAUCAGCAUACUCAUGUUGAAGAGUAGCGAUUAAGAACUUAAACCACUGUAAAUCAGUGAUGACAAGACUAAAAAUAGAUCGCUCGAAUAAACAGAAAAAAUAACAACAACGAUAUUGUGAACUGAUUACCAAAACUAAGCGAAAACUAUUACUAUGAUGAAGUCGAAGCUGAAAAACUGUAAAUAAAAGGAAAUCUAUACUCACUUUAGUUUGCACACGUACCAAUGUUAUCUUGGUUCAAAAGGCAAACUGACCUUGACAGUAGAUGAGCACGAGUAGUAGAUAGAAAGAAGGCCCAAAUGGCUAACAGAAGUUAACACCAUGAAGUCUACACUAGAACUGAACUAACUAUGCUGAAAACGCUAAAUUUAUAAUCAGCAAAACGUGCUCGAAAACCAUCUGGAAAUUAUUACGUAUUUCCCAUGCGGACAUUACAGAAAAGGGCUGCGAAAGUAGCCGUGGGCUGAUCAAUAAAAAUCUCAUUGAUGUGGGCGAUAAUCGAUUUACAAUAACUACCGUUAGUACGUUCGUGCAGUAACGUGGGAUUAACGAUAAGACGUCACGUUUCAAAACCAACAGAGAGGUCGCGAAUAGUCUGUGUACAGACUCCCCCUCUCCCCCUCAGUAAAAAGCGGAGAAGGGGUUGACGCCCCUUCUCCAAUUUUUACUGAGGGGAGGGGGUCUGUACACAGGCUAGGUCGCGAAAUGUCGGCUGUUUUCUCACGUUGGAAUAAAAAGGUGGAAAUUGUUGGGUCGGUGUUAACCUUUCCAUUACUUUCAAAUUCACUCUUCGAUAAAAGUAAAUCACCAUUUCUGGGUGUUUCUUUGUGUUGCGGAAACCAUUGUUGGUUCGCUUUUGUUCUGUGGUACUUUUAUUGUUCUAUGUCUUUUCAACCUGUUGCAUUACGUGGUUUGGUGAUUGCACCCUGUCGGCAACACCAUGAAACUUCCCCAUUUCAUGAGUGUGGCACCUUGAAGUUCUCAGAACGACUAACAAAGCAAUUCUUGGUUUGCAACCAUGUGACAAGGAGGCCAUAUUAGGGUCAAAACAAUAGGCUUUUUUCUCGAAGAAUUUACAUGAAAAUAGACUUUAGUUCCCAGAAGAAAGAAGUUCUUUUGUUCGUGACCACCAAGAUGGCCGCCGUAACGUCGCGUUCAAACCAGCAAUAGAUGAAUAAUCAAAUAAAUGCGCCUGUCAUGAUUUCAAAUCACUGAAAAUAGUUGUCAAGUCUCCGACAACAGUGGAACCAAGCUACCACAUGAUGGGUCACAUAGACCCUUUGCAACUAACCAUUCACGUGAUACAAGUCCCCUUUCUCUGGGGCAGGGGAUUGCACUGGGACAAACAUACCAUCAAUUUCACCUAGUAUGAAUAACAAAUAUGAAAAAGGAAGUUACCUAUUUGAAACGAGAAAAGACAUAUGUUAUUUUUAACUGGCACAUCUCCACAAUGCACCCCUUCUUCUUAUCCCUCUGUUCCCAAUUAUAUAACAUGAAAGUAUAACGUGACUAAGAUUUGAUCUAACCGGAAAUUUCCAAAAAAAAUAUUUGUUGUAGUGCGUAUGAGACGUGAGCCCAAUGUGGCCUCCUUAUGGGGGACUUGUCUGGAAAGUGAAUCCGUUAGUCAUUGCCGCAACCAGUGUCAAAUAGCUCACGUUAGAUAUACAGUGGAACCUCCCCUCUAGGACUCCUGUAUACAAGGGACACCUCCAUUCAGGGGACACAAAAUUUGGUCCCGGAAAAUGCUUAGACAAUCUUUGUAUCUUUUACCUCUGUUGAAGGGACACCUCUAUUCAUAGAAAUGGGACACUUUUUCUUUGUCCCGGUACCCAGGUUUAACCUCCAUUUGGGUGACGCAUUUAGUAGUACUAAAAACGUGACUGACAACAAAGAAGGUUGCUUAGUAAUUAAAGUGUACACUAGUCACGAUAACGACAGCUUUCACAACAUGGCAAAUCAACACUCAAUAUUGCAGAGAAACGGUUACGUGGUUUUUUGUAUACAUUAUCUAGCUGAUUGAAUUAAUGACUGCAACAUAUUCAGAGGCAAAAUGAAAACAAUAUAUUUUCUUUUUUCGGUUAAUUAUUAACAAACCCCAGCCCAUAACCUCUUACUCUAUUAAAGGGACACGUCUAUUCAGGGGACACUUUCCUUGGUCGCGAGGGUGUCCCUGAAUAGAGGUUCCACUUUCUUAAAAUUCUAAUGUGACUUCGAUGCUUUCUGGUCAUACUUUUAUAUUUUGUGGUUUUUCUUAAUGCUCAUAUCUUCUGGGAAUUGGGAGACAAUAGAGUUGUGCAAAAUUUGCAGUUUUCUUCAUAAAGCUACGGAGUCAUCAGUAUCGAACAUGGGGUAUUGAAAUCUGCAUUACUACAUGGCUAAUGAGCAGUACCAAGGCAGUACAUUUUUCACGAUGACUCCUGUAUUCGAUCAGGCGGAAAAAUCUUUGAAUGGAUAAAAUAGACCAUUUUACAGUUGUGGACUUGGUACCCUAGCCUUUGAGUGAACGUGAGACUGAGGUUGAGCUUGUUUUGAUACAAACCUCCUUCGUUUUGUAAUGGAAAUUAUGCUUGAUUGAAAAUAAUGAUUAGCAUAAGGACACUUAUGAUUUAUGUGAAAAUGAAAUGACCAGCAUGUCACGAGCGUGGGACAAAGAAAAAAUCUGAGUCCCCGGAACUCAUGGAGAGCGAGGCCAUAUCCUAGGUUCAUAUGAUUUAAAUAAUAAUAAAGCAGGAAGGGUUGUAUCAAAACAAGGUCAACUCCAGCCUGGUUUCAACCUGUAACUGUAAAAUGGGCCAUUGCUGUGAAGGCAUUUACCUCAAAUUCAAGAAAACUGAGGUGGCAGAAAUUUCAUAACUAUCGCUCGUGUGAGUUCACUGGUCAUUACGUAGGCAAGAGUUAACAGGAAUGCAGCGAUUAAACCGAAAUCUUCACCUACUAACGGAUUACAGGUUCCACAGAUCAUGAGUAGAAGGCCUGCCCCGACGGUAAAACACAGAUGUCUAGCCUGCGAACACAGACGCAUUUCCGGUCGUCUAUUCUCUCACCCAUGCGGCGUUUAUUCCAGGAUUAUACGAGGAACAUUUAUGACAGCUUUAUCUACAUCAUCCAGACAAUAACUUUUCUAUCCCGCCAGAAAAGCGAAACCUUGGAACUUUAAACAUCUUAGUGUCUACAUAUAUUUUAAAAUAUUUAUCGUAAUUGCUGUCAAUGAUUUAUGAAAUGUGAUUUAAAAAUAAACGCCGCAUCGAAAACGCUUAAAAUUUUAUAAACAUCGGGGGGUGUUUAAUUGAAUAAAUUAAAAUAGGGUUUACAUCUUCCAGUUAAAAAAAGGGGAUUAUCAUAGUACUAAUACACCUAUGGUUUGCCCCAUGAUUGAUAGUGGCAUCCCAAGUGAAAUUUGACAUUUUCGGGUUUCCAAAUGUCACUGUUUUCCACCCUUGGAUCUCUAUGAUGAGUCAAUUUCCUACGCCUGAGGACCACAGAGCUUGUACAGUAAUUUCAAGGAACUAAUGGGCACUCACAAUACUUUAUUGCAACACUUAGCAUCUCCAGAGAGUAGUUACUUGGUCACAAUUGACCAUACUUGGCAGUUCACUUUUUAUGCAUCUGAAAAUAUCCGUGAAUUGUUGUGCAUAGUAUUACAUAGUAUUGUUACAUGUCUAAGGGCUGAUAUUUGUUACUGGAGUGAAGAACUUCAUUUAAUUUUAUACUAGCGAAUCUAACGCAGAAUUCCAGGACUGUUUCCUGUCUGUACGGAUGAUUUUUCAAUUCAAUUUUUCUACAUGGAAAACUUGUUGCAGGGCAGUAUUUAGUAAAAACGUAAGUAGAAAACAAAUUUUGAUAUAAAUGAGGUUUUGUGUAAAUUUUUCUUCUCAAAGCUGAGGUACAAGAAACUUCAAAAAAAAAAAGAUCACUGUUGGGUACAUUGGAAACUUUGCCUCGUGUUAGGGAAUCCGGAACCCAGGAAAGAUUUAGUUGUAGAAUCCAGAAUCCGGGAUUUUUUUGCUUGUGGAAUCCGGAUUUUGGACUUUGACAUCCCGAAUACAGCUCAAGUAAUCUGGAAAGCCACCAACGGUUGCAAUCUUGAAUCCAGGUUCUACUGAUAUGCAAUCUGGAAUCUAGUACCUGGAAUCUGGAAUUCACAGCAUGGAAUCCAGAAUCCAAGACUGUUCUGGGAUCCCUUACAUGGUGCAAGAAGUUUAUCCAAAUGACCACUGGGUAUUGUCCAAGAUGGUAGACCGCUCAUCACUCAUUCUCAGGUCCUCUCCCUUCUCUAAGAUGGUGGCUGAGACAACUUUUGCACCCCGGGAGACUGUUGUAGAUGUCAAAAUCGCUACUUGCAUGUGCUUUAUAAAGUCAAAUUUCUUUGGAAUGCCCACCUCCCCUUCCUUGGGCAAACGAUUGAUAAGUGAAUUAAAUGGGAUGACCCUGUGUAUCAUUUGUAGCAUGAAUUUGCCUAUUUUCCAACAUUAGCUUUGUCCACCUUAGUUUUCAAAUUAUUGACAUGACAUGUUAAAUGACCUCACCAUGUGUGGUAGACAUGGUAGCAUGUUUCUUUUUGUGUUUGUUAAAACAUAAAUAGAAUCAAAUAGACUUGAGUUAGCUUUGAUUAUCAGCUGUUUGCAGCAAACAUCACUAAAAUUACUGUGAGAACACACAAGGGUGAGAAACCAUUUUACUAUAUGACUACAAUAGUAUGCACCCUCUGAUUGGCUGCUAAGGGAAGAUUUAUAGUAAUAACUGUGCAAGACUUUCUUGUAAUGACCGGACAUUAUUAGCUAGGUGUCGAAGGUAUAUACAAUCUGUUUUUGAAGAAAACUUGAUGGUGGACAUCCAUAUUAUGGUCAAUUGACAGCUGUCAAAAAAGGCUAUCCGCUGACCUGUGUCACAUGACUGUAUUGUGGGCUCAAGUCUACGAGUGAUUGAGCACAGGUGACGUUUUUUGAAAGUUAUCCCUGACCAGUAAUUGGUUUUUAAUUGAUCGCAGACUCAGGUCCACAAUUUCUCACUAAAGACACUGUCUUGUGGUUUCAAUUGCAUCGCCAGAUUCUUUUCGUUUCUAUGAAUACGACCGGGAAUGACCUCUGACGCGCGGAUGUUGAAAAUUCCGGGUUAACCCUGUCCAUUCGGUCAUUACAGGGAAAUCUCAGAACGAGGCCUUGAUGUAUUGAUCGAGUGAUAACGAGAUCAACACAUUAAAGCUAAGUAGUGUUAAGUACAUGCAUUCUGACGAGGAGUUUACCCAUCAUCAGGAAAUCUGGAAGUGCAUAAAAGACGACACACUGGUGAGAAGCCUGUUAAGUGCAAACAGUAUAACAAGGCGUUUAGAGUGGUGGGAAAUCUGAAACGACAUGAAAGAAAACACACUGGUGAGAAGCCAGUUAAGUGCAAGCAUUGUGACAAGUCCUUUAGCCAGGCAGGACAUCUGAGAAGACAUGAAAGAAUACAUAGUGGUGAGAAGCCUUUUAAGUGCAAGCAGUGUAACAAGGCGUUUAGCGUGGCAGGAAAUCUGAAACUACAUGAAAGAAUACACACUGGUGAGAAGCCGUUUAAGUGCAAGCAUUGUAACAAGACCUUUAACCAUAGGGGAGAUCUGCGAAAGCAUGAAAGAAUACAUACAGGUGAGAAGCCAUUUAAGUGCAAGCGUUGUAACAAGGCCUUUAGUCAGGCAGGGAGUCUGCAAGUACAUGAAAGAAAACACACUGGUGAGAAGGUAUUUAAGUGCAAGCAUUGUGACAGGGCCUUUAGCUAUGCAGGAAGUCUGAAACUACAUGAAAGAAAAGCCACUGGUGAGAAGCCAUUUAAGUGCAAGUAUUGUGACAGGGCCUUUAGCCAGACAGGAGGUCUGAAAAGACAUGAAAGAAUACAUAGUGGUGAGAAGCCUUUUAAGUGCAAACAGUGUAACAAGGCGUUUAGCCAGGCAGGAAAUCUGAAACUCCAUGAAAGAAUACACACUGGUGAGAAGCCAUUUAAGUGCAAUCAAUGUAACCAGGCCUUUAGCCAGGCAAGAAGUCUGAAAGAACAUAAAAGAAAACACACUGGUGAGAAGCCAUUUCAGUGCAAGCAUUGUGACAGGGCGUUUAACCAGGCACGAUAUGUGAAAGAACAUGAACGAAUACACACAGGUGAAAAACCUUUCAAGUGCAAGCAGUGUAACAAGGCCUUUAGCCGGGCAGGAAAUCUGAAACUCCAUGAAAGAAUACACACUGGUGAGAAGCCAUUUAAGUGCAAGCAUUGUGACAAGGCCUUUAGCGAGGCAGGAUAUCUGAGAAGACAUGAAAGAAUACAUAGUGGUGAGAAGCCAUUUAAGUGCAAGCAUUGUGACAAGGCCUGUAGCCAGGCAGGAAAUAUGAAAAGACAUGAAAGAAUACAUACUGGUGAGAAACCAUUUAAGUGCAAGCAUUGUGACAAGAACUUUAGCCAGUCACCAUAUGUGAGAGCGCAUGAACGAAUACACACGGGUGAAAAACCUUUCAGGUGCAAGCAGUGUAACAAGGCCUUUUGUUGGAGGACAUCUCUUAAAAUACACGAAGAAAGACACCGUUGUUGGAUUUGUCUUAGGAUGAUAAAGACCAAGCCGUUGCUUCGUCAACAUUAU